GGAGCUGUGCUGCACCCGCUCAACUUGCACAUGAAACAUUUCGUCAAGGAACUGGGCCUCUCAGUUGCCCCAGCCCAGGGCAGCCUUGCAGGUGUUUACAACGGGGAGGAAUUCGUGUUCCAGGAGAGUAGGUGGUACCUCCUCAACCUGCUCAAGCUGCUCUGGCACUAUGGGCUCAACCCCCUGCGCAUGUCCAUGUGGGUGGAGGACAUCCUGGACAAGUUCAUGAGGAUCUAUCGCUACCAGAUGCAUGACUAUGCCUUCAGCAGCAACGAGCGCCUGCUCCACGCCCUGGGAGGGAAUGACUUCACCAGGAUGCUGAACCAGACCAUCGAUGAGAUCAUGCAGCAGGCUGGUUUCUCCCAGAAGUUCAUCAAUGAGGUGGUGUGUCCAGUCAUGAGGGUUAAUUAUGGGCAAGGUGUCAACAUCAAUGGCUUUGUAGGUGCUGUGUCCCUGGCCGGGGCACAGUCAGGGCUCUGGUCUGUGAAAGGAGGGAACAAACUGGUCUGCACUGGUCUCCUCUAUGCCUCCAAGGCUGAAGUUAUCCCUGGAACAGUCGUGUCCAUAGAGCCAAAAGUCAGACCCAACCCCAGAGGGGACCCCGUGAAGCUCUACUACGUCACGUACAACACGUCCUCGGGGCUGACGGGAGACACGUACGACAUGGUGGUCAUCGCGGCUCCGCUCGGCCAUAGGAUGGCCAACAUCACCUUCAGGAACUUUGAGCCUCCCAUCCCCGAGUUCCCCAACCCUUACCACCAGACUGUCACCACCUUGGUGCACGGACGCUUAAACGCUUCCUUCUUCGGCUACCACGACCCACAGGCCUUUCACUUCGGGGCCAUUUUCACCACGGAGAACCCCAAACUCUUCAUCAACAGCCUCGGGGUGGUGUCUCCUGUGGGAGAUGUCAGUGGGGACACCAAGUUGGCUUUGCAGUCAGCCAUCUGGAAGGUGUUCUCCAAGGAAGUGCUGACCAAGGAGCAGCUCAACUUAUUGUUCUCCUCCUACGACUCGGUCAAGGUGAAGCCGUGGUUGGCGUAUCCCCACUACAGCCCCCCAGAGAAGUGUCCUCCCAUCAUCCUCCACGACCACCUGUACUACCUGAACGGGCUGGAGCGCGCGGCCAGCGCCAUGGAGCUGAGCGCCAUCGCCGCCAAGAACGCGGCGCUGCUCGCCUUCCACCGCUGGCACGGCCACACCGACAAGGUGGACCAGGAGGAUCUUCACGAGAAGCUCAAGACAGAGCUCUGA